UCCUGCUGUCAUCCUCGCCUCUACGCAUCGAGCGCAGGAUAUAAAAGAAAACAAGCGAGGCUAGUACCGUUUCUGCUUGGAUAUUCUAAAAGCCACAAAACGAGAAUGGAUGAACUAAAAACGCCCCGUUCUAUGAGCAUCGCUGCAACCUACUGAGCGCAACCGCUUUCCAGGUCUAGCCGAACCGUUGGAGUCUUCAACGGGAACUGAAUUUACUCCUGGUCUUUCACGUAGGGGGAUAAAGCCAACCAUCUGAUAGAGAAGAGCCCCGUUCCACUCAUCGGCUAGUCCACCUGGCUAUGUCCACCAUGGUCUACCCGCGCGAGGAGUCCCUGGAACGUCUGAGCCAGGAUGAGAUCGUGCUCAACACCAAGGCGGUGAUGCAAGGCCUGGAGACCCUGCGGGGGGAACAUAACCAGCUGCUGGGCUCCAUGCUGGACUGCUCUCAGCUGCAGCCGGCCACGCAGGAGAAGUCGGGCCUGCUCAGGAAGAGCCUGGAGGCCAUCGAGCUGGGACUAGGAGAGGCACAGGUGAUCAUUGCGUUGUCGGGCCACCUGAGCGCGGUGGAGUCGGAGAAGCAGAAGCUGCGUGCGCAGGUGCGGCGUCUGUGCCAGGAGAACCAGUGGCUGCGGGACGAGCUGGCCAGCACCCAGCAGAAGCUGCAGCGCAGCGAGCAGAGCGUGGCCCAGCUGGAGGAGGAGAAGAAGCACCUGGAGUUCAUGAACCAGAUCAAGAAGCUGGAUGAGGAUGCGUCUCCGUGCGAGGAGAAGGCCAAUGACAACAGCAAGGACAACCUGGACGACCUCUUCCCCAACGAUGACGAGCAGGGACCCAACCAGCCGAGUGGGGAGGUGGCAGCUCAGCAAGGGGGCUACGAGAUCCCGGCCCGCCUGAGGACCCUCCACAACCUGGUCAUCCAGUACGCCUCGCAGGGCCGCUACGAGGUGGCCGUGCCCCUCUGCAAGCAGGCCCUGGAGGACCUGGAGAAGACCUCCGGACACGACCACCCUGACGUGGCUACCAUGCUCAACAUCCUGGCCCUCGUCUAUAGGGACCAGAACAAGUACAAGGAGGCAGCCCACUUGCUGAACGAUGCGCUGGCCAUCCGGGAGAAGACGCUGGGCAAGGAUCACCCUGCUGUGGCCGCCACCCUCAACAACCUGGCCGUGCUGUACGGCAAGAGGGGCAAGUACAAGGAGGCUGAGCCACUCUGCAAACGCGCCCUGGAGAUUCGAGAGAAGGUGCUGGGUAAGUACCAUCCUGACGUGGCUAAGCAGCUGAACAACCUGGCGCUGCUGUGCCAGAACCAGGGCAAGUAUGAGGAGGUGGAGUACUACUACCGUCGCGCCCUGGAGAUCUACGAGAGCAAGCUGGGGGCCGACGACCCCAACGUGGCCAAGACCAAGAACAACCUGGCUACGUGUUACCUGAAGCAGAGCAAGUUCAAGGAUGCUGAGUGCCUGUACAAGGAGAUCCUGACCCGAGCACAUGAGAAGGAGUUUGGAUCAGUCAAUAAUGACAACAAACCCAUCUGGAUGCACGCAGAGGAGCGCGAGGAGACCAAGGGGAAGAGAAAGGACUCGGGUCCCUAUGGGGAAUACGGCAGCUGGUACAAGGCAUGCAAGGUGGACAGUCCUACGGUCAAUACCACUCUGAAGAGCUUGGGGGCGCUGUAUCGACGUCAGGGGAAGCUGGAGGCUGCAGAGACUCUUGAGGAAUGUGCUACCAAAAACCGCAAACAGGGCAUCGAUGCUAUAAACCAGAGUAAGGUGGUGGAGCUGCUUAAGGACGGGGGUCUGGGGGGUGCAGAUCGCCGCCACAGCCGAGACGGCCUGAACGGGCCCAACAGGGGCGACUGUGAGGGGGACGAGGCCGAGUGGAACGGGGAUGGCAGUGGUUCCCUGCGCCGUAGCGGCUCCUUCGGUAAGAUCCGUGAUGCACUGAGGCGCAGCAGUGAGAUGCUGGUUAAGAAACUACAAGGCAGCGGACCCCAGGAGGCUCGCAACCCCGGCAUGAAGAGGGCCAGCUCUCUCAACUUCCUCAACAAGAGUGUGGAGGACCAGUCACAGGAUGCUAACGCCGGCCUAUCGGAAUCGAGAGGACUGAGCGCCAGCAACGUGGACCUGACUCGCCGGAACUCUCUGGUUGGCUAAGCCAAUAGCUUUUAAAGGGGGGCGGGUCCAACCUAGAAAUCAGGGUCCAAUCAGGACAGGCUACCAGCUUCCAACUUCAGUCAUGAUUUCUUUAUGCCCGCAGCAGACGUUCUCACUCUGUUUUCCUUUUUCUUUUAAAUACAGUAGAGAGAGAGAAAAAAGAAUCACUGGAAGAAUAAAGAGGCUUUUUUUUUUUUUAUUUUUUUUUUAUUUUUUUUUUUCCGACACUGCUCUCGGGCUAACCUUGAGCUAGCUGCUUUUGCUGUACAUUUGCGCUCAUAUCAUAUGAAAAUAAAUGAUCAACAUUUACUUAGACAUAGAUUACAAAACAAAGAGACACUUUAGCAUGCCGCUCACUAGACCUGAACUUUUCUUUCUGGAGCAGAGGAUUAUCCUUACCUAUCUAAUCAUACACCCCCACCGCCCAGUGGUGUGGGAGAGGUACUGCAGGCUGACAAAAUUGUGAGUGCACCCAUGGUACGAAUUAGCCACACACAUACAUAAGCUGAGGCAUAGAUACAGUAUGUCGACUUAACAUGUUUUUUUUCUUCCCGUGGCGCUGCUAGAUUAAAGAGAGGUUUCCAUGACAACACAAAGUGUGUGGAGGUGGAGUUGCUAAUCGCCAAGUAGCAUGAACAUGUGCUGCAUGCUCACAAUCUCCCCCCAAACACAAGCACACACGCAUUUAUUACAUGCACUCACUGCACUAGCAUGCUAAAGCUAAAAACAAACCACCUCCAUUCCACAGACCGAAGAAUAAAAAAAACAAAGAGAUGGGAGAAAACAUAGCGGAGAAAAAAAAUAAACACCUUUUUCUUCCUUUGCCGUUAGUGAGACGAGAGAUGCUCUUAGAUCAACUCUUUACUGCAUUAUUGUGAUUAUAUUUAAAGAAAAAAAGGAUUUUAAACGAAAAAAAAAAAAGUGACCGCAGCACUGAUUUUGUUUUGGUCUGCGCCUCACAUUUUGCCUUCUGAUUUGUAUGUAUAUACGGUUUUAAAUUAUUGACUCGGGUUCGUUUGUGUUUUGCUCUGUUUAUUUUCUUUGUUUUUCGUUGUAAAUAGUGCACAGGGACUUUGUUUACACUGUAGAGCUUUGGGGUGGGGUGGGGGUGCGGGGUUCGUCACUGGAGUUAUUAAAAAUGAGAGAUAAAUAAACUGGAAAGAUGUUAGUGGAGUUGGGGGGGGGGGUGACUGCAGAGCAAGACAGAUGGCAACUAUAUCAGUGUUUUUGUUUGGCUCAGUCACAUUUGUACGGUCACUGAAACACACACACACACACACACACACACACACACACACACACACACACACACACACACACACACACACACACACACACACACACACACACACACACACACACACACACACACACACACAUUCACACAACCCAGAGUGUCUGUAUGUUGAGCACUGAUCCAAAAAAAAAAAAGUUGUUUGUGGCUCCCACCCCCCCACACACACGCACUCAUGUUGUUGCUGACAGUCGUUUGAUAUCUUUUGGUACAAUGUGUAUAUAGAAAUAUAGAAAUGAGAGACGUAAAGAAAACAAAACAAAAAAAAUACUACACCAACCAUCUCAGACUGACUAGAAUGUUUCUUCCUGUGCUGCAUUUUGUUUCCGUCUUGCUCGUGAGUCAUCACAGCAAGAGUUACGAGUAGUUGGAAACAAAUUUGAGACUUUUUCAAGUCGCCGUAAGCUUUGUAUUAGUCGUGGAAGCCCUUUUGGUUGCUGGCUUUGACUGGACUGGAGUAGGCUAACUGCAUAUUCUGCUUCUUAAAAAAAGAACGGGUGAUUUAAAAAAUAAAUAAACUGGAAAUUAUGUAAGAAAUCCAAAUGUAACCUCAAAUCAUACAAUUUCUUCCCUCUUGUGCUUUCUGGUUUGUUGAUUUUUUUAUUAUUAUUAUUAUUAUUUUACUUUCUUAUGUCCUGUUGUGGUGUUUCACUUGGCCCUUGUUGAAUUCUGCACUUACAGCAACUGAACAGUAGGGGGCACCCAACAGCUUCCAUUUCACAGACAGACAGAGAUAUGCUACCUUUACUCCGCUGGACCUAACUAACUUGUUGACUCCCUGGCACAUGUUCUUUGUCUUCUUCCUCGCAGACUGCAGGUUGGGGAUGUGACCUUUAAGGGAGACGAGACACAUUUGAAUGUUAAAAAAUGGGUUUGCUUACUAGAAUGGUCAAAGACAUUGUCAAGUGGGACCCAAGAGGGUAAAAGAACAUGAUUUGGGAAUGAUGGGAGAGGGGGAUGAAGAGAGAAGGAAACUUUUGCUGAGAAGGUUGAAAGAUUUUGUUUGACCAAAAAGCAGUUCAGCCAGGCUGCUUAGGAAAGUGGGAAAUCGGACCUCUUAACUCUGUGGCCUUGGUGUAGGAUUCAGGCAAGGCUUUCUUGGUUAGUUUUGAGGCAAAGUCUUGGUUAGUUACCCUUGCUGCUUCCUGGCAAAGAUGUGAUGGAUGGAAAAUGUUUUUCCUUUUUUGGAUUGAAGGGAAGAGGAGAGCCCUUGGGAAAGUUACCAGGGGAAAGAAUGUGAAGCAAAGACAUGUGAGAACGAAAGGCAAAUAAAUGAUGAGAGGAUGAGUCAUUUAAGAAUGUGGUCACCACUCGAUGUGCAUUUUAGAAAUCAUGUGUUACUUCAGUGUAUAUUUGUCGUCUCAAACAUGCAUACGAAGGCAGCCUUUCACCAUAACCCUACAUGCUGGCUGGAUUUUGAAAGCUGUGUGCGUGUGUGUGUCUAUUUUGUGUGUCUGACUAUUUGGACAGCCAUUAGGCUUUCUGUAUUGUUUGUACUAUGUGUUGCUUUCUUGAAAAGCUCUCAUGAGCCAUAGUAUUUCUUUUUUUUUUUACUUUAGAGAAGAAUAUUCCCCUCCGCAAAAUGUGUGUGUGGGCGAACAUGUGUGUCAGUUAUCUAUCUGUGUCAGUUAUCCUUCUUCCCCCCAUACUUUCUCUCUCUCACACACACACACACACACACACACACACACACACACACACACACACACACACAGUCUGAUGUAGAAUAUAGCCUGCAUAUUCUAUUGAAGUAGAAUUGAAGUAUAUUGGGUAUGGUUAUAGUUCUACUGUAUUCCUGAAUCGCUCCACUGGUCAAGUACUUAAGUGUGAAGGGGCCAACCUCCUGUAUAUUUUAAUAAAAAUGUUCAGUAAAUAAAUGCGUAAUAAAUAAACGAUCAAUAAAAUCCUAAGUUCCACUUUUCAAACUGGAAAACAUAA